CCCCGCCCCGGUUAUGAAACCUCCGGGGAGGGGCCGGCUGCCGCCCGCCGUGCUCGGCGGCACCGGGGAGCGGAGGCCUGGGGAGCUCAGUGGUCAGACAGAAUGGCUCCAGUGAACCGGCCCAAGGACAAGAAGCAUGAAAAGGCACAUGAGCGUCAGUCAGAAGAGGCAAAAUCGUCUGGGAAAAGGAAACUGGACUAUGAAGGUCAACAGAAUGUGCCACUAACAAAGAAAUUGUUAUUGAGGAAAAACAAAGCCCAAGAGAAAAUUGGUUGUAAUAGAGGUGGGACUGUGAUGAGAAAUACCAGAGCCCUUUUCCAUCAGCCAAAAUGGCAGUGCAGCAUUGUUCAUUAUGUCUACCAGAACAUGCUGGGAGGUUCCAUCCGGCCACAGUUCAGGCAGUGUCUACAGCUGCCCUUUGUGCGUUCUCUGACCUCAUACCGCCUUUUUCGAACAGCGAGUCCCUUUGACAGGAGAGUGACUUGCCUGGAGUGGCAUCCAACACACCCCAGUACUGUUGCCGUUGGUUCCAAAGGCGGAGACAUCAUUCUUUGGGACUAUGAAGUACUUACUAAAACUUGCUUCAUAAAAGGGAAAGGGCCAGGAGAUUCUCUUGGAGGCAUGAAGUUCAGUCCUUAUGAGUCAGCGAAGCUUUAUGUGGCAUCAGGGGAUGGCACCCUAAGCCUGCAGGACCUUGAGGGCAAACUGGUGCAGGUGAUCUCCCGUGCCCCGGACUGUGGCCAUGAGAACCAUAAUGUUUGCUGCUGGUACUGCAGUGUUGAUGUUUCUGCAAGCUGCCGUGCUGUGGUGACAGGUGAUAAUUUGGGCAACGUGGUCCUGCUCAGCACUUCUGGUGAAGAGAUUUGGAAGCUGAAAUUGCACAAGAAGAAAGUGACCCACGUGGAGUUUAACUCUCGCUGUGAGUGGUUAUUGGCCACAGCAUCUGUGGAUCAGACAGUUAAAAUCUGGGACCUCAGAAACAUUAAAAACAAAGCAAAUUUUCUUCAUGUACUUCCUCAUGACAAGCCUGUCAAUGCAGCUUACUUCAGCCCAACAGAUGGUGCCAAGCUGCUGAGCACAGACCAGCGCAAUGAAAUCAGGGUUUACUCAUGUUCAGACUGGACCAAGCCUCAGCAUCUGAUCCCACACCCACAUCGGCAUUUCCAGCAUCUCACACCUAUUAAGGCAACAUGGCAUCCUCGCUAUGAUCUCAUUGUAGUGGGUCGCUAUCCGGACCCUAACUUCCCAGGCUACACAGCGCAUGAGCUGCGAACUGUUGAUAUAUUUGAUGGAAACACCGGGGAGAUGGUUUGUCAGCUCUAUGAUUCGAAUGCAUCUGGUAUAAUCUCGCUGAAUAAAUUUAACCCUAUGGGAGACACGCUAGCCUCUGGCAUGGGUUAUAAUAUUCUGAUCUGGAGCCGGGAGGAGAUGGUAAUGAAGAAACAAGAACAUCUUUUGAAAGCCAUGACGGAGCAGGGGAUUGGAAGCCGAAGUUUGUCCAGACGUGGAAGGCAGAGGCAGGCAAACCCUGGGACAAGCAAACUCAAAGCUAAGUUAUUGUUUUGUGAAGUAGAAGAGACGGGAACAAAAGCCAAAGAUUCUAAAUCACAGGGAAGGAAGUGAAAAAGGAAGGAUCUAGAUAACUGAUUUAGUAUUUUGAUCCUUCUUUGAUCACAGAGGACAAAUUCAGUGCUGGCAGUGGGCAGAAUAAGCACUGCAGGGCAUUAGCCAUCUGCUUUGUCCUUCUUCCCUAGAUCUGAUUUUGCUUUUCCUAGAGAGUUGCCAGUGGAGUUACCACUUAAUUUCUGAGGCACUUCAGAGUUUCUAAGGAAACUUCCAAGAUGUUUUCAGAUCCUGCUGAAAUUCCUGCUUCCAGCCUGCUUGUUAUCGUAACUGUGAGAUAACAGGAUAUCGUUUCCUGUUGCCUGCCGUGGAGCAGCUCAUGAUGAGGUCUCCAGACCUAGACAAAUUGAGCUGAGGAAACCUUUGUUAGCAAGAUUCAUGUCUUGAAAGGUGGAAUGUUUGCAGGGGUGAGGUGAUGGAUAUCUUCAGAGAGUCACGGAAACACCAACUUUUAUUGUCUGUUUUCGUCUGCAAGCUUCUUGCAGCACAUGCAUCUGUCAAAAACUCAGGCUUAUCCUAUUCUACACCGGCAGCUUUUUAACUAGACCAGGAAGAACAUUAUGAUGCCGCACCUCUUUAUCUGCCUUGUGGGAUGCAUAGACAAUAUAGAGCUAAGAACCUGCCGAUGCUUUACUUCGUCUUCAGAACUCUAGGCAUUUUUUUGCUACCAGUUAAGUAUUUUUUUCUACCCAUGCCAGUAUGCCUCAGAAUGUUGGGUGUGUUGUUAAGCAGAAAUGAGGGAUUCUUUCAGAUGCCCCUUUUCAGAGUCCAGUCUCACAACUGCUGUUCAGCUGAACAAUUCUGCUUUUUAUGGUUUGUUUAUAAGCUGUCUGGGGGCCUUGCUCCAGAGGUUGAUAGAUGGGCCGGCCUCACAGAUUCUCUGUUCAUAUAGUUUUGCAGCAUUGAUAUAAAUAAAAGUUUUGUACUAAACUGAAAUACUUCUUUGAUAUAAAAUGGGUGCUUUGACUAUUCCGCUGAACUGCUUUUAUCUCAGAGGUUGGAAGGUAUUAAUCUUUCUGCUGGAGAACUAUGAGAACUAGAACUGAUUUUUCUGUCUGUCUUAACACCGUAUCAGCAAUGGACCUUUCCUAGUUGGGCAGGCUGCAGUAUAAGCUGUACAUGUGCAUAGGUGCUGCCACGCAAACAACUUUUCAGUUCUCACUUUGCUCUAGUAAAGAAGGAAUUUACCUUGAAAGGGGAUAUAUUAAGUUCUCCCUGUUUGCCAGCUGUGAGCACAGUGGGGCCAGCCCUUAGAAAUCUUAGAGAAGAGGAAGAAUAACAUUCAGUGUGAACUUGAUUUUAAUGAUAAAAAGGAAAUGCACUGGAACAAUUACAGAGUCAUUCACAG